AUGGCCGAAACACGCAAGAGGAGACGCCUCUCGGAGGAUGGCAGCUUUCAGACUGAAGAAGCCUCCCACACAGAACAGACUGAAAAUGAUCCGCCCGCGGAGACAUCGCAGACUGCUUCGAAACAGCUGCGGAGAGAACUCUUCGUGCGUGGUCUACCGCUGUCGGUGACUACGGAGCGUCUGACGGAGUUUUUCUCCCAAUCCUACGUGAUUAAACAUGCGACGGUCGUCCUCGAUCCCCAAACCAAACAAUCUCGAGGCUACGGUUUCGUGACUUUCGCCGACCUUGAAGAUGCCCAGCGUGCGUUGGAUGAGUUCAAUGGAGCUGAUUUGGACGGCAAGAAAAUCAAGGUGGAGGUCGCCCAGCCUCGCCAUCGUGAAAUUGAUGAGAAGGAGGGCAAGAGCGUUCCGACCGCAGAGGCUAUCAAGCUGAAGGAGGAGAGGGAGAUCCGCAAACAAUUGAAUCAGCCACCAAAGCUUAUCAUUCGAAAUCUCCCGUGGAGCAUUAAGGAGCCGGAUCAGCUGGCUGCUCUCUUUCGCAGCUUCGGAAAGGUCAAGCGUGCAGUAGUUCCCAAGAAGGGUAAACGCCAGGCUGGAUUUGGGUUCGUCGUCUUGAGGGGCAGGAAGAACGCUGAGAGGGCGAUCGAGGCUGUUAAUGGGAAAGUAGUUGACGGGAGAACCUUGGCAGUCGACUGGGCCGUUGAGAAACACAUUUGGGAGAAAUUGACGAAAGAGACAGAGGACAAGGAAGGAGAAAAAGAUACCGCGGACGGCGCUGCCGAAGGUUCCGACCAAGAUGAGAAUGAAGCGGACGAGGAUGUGUCGAUGAAGGACGGUGAAGAGUCCGACGAAAAUAUGGAAGACACGGAAGACGAAGAAGAAGACAAAGAGGAAGACGAAGAAGAUGAGGAGGAGGAGGAGGAGGAGGAGGAGGAGGAGGACGACGACGACGACGACGACGACGACGACGAGAAGGACGAAGAAGCCGAAGACGAACGGAAUGCCUCCACGGUUUUCAUCCGAAACCUGCCUUUUACGUGCUCAGAUGAGACACUCUACAAACAUUUCACCCAAUUUGGGCCUGUUCGAUAUGCGCGCAUUGUGGUAGACCCGGAGACAAAUCGCCCUCGGGGCACCGGUUUUGUUUGCUUCCGGAACGUCGACGAUGCUGCCUUGUGCGUCAAAAACGCCCCUAAGCAGCCCGAUGCCACGCGCAAAGAUGCGGACAAAUCGAAAAAAGCCUCCACAGCAUCAAAGCCUUCCAUCCUACAGAAUGAAACGAUUGACCCCACCGGGCGCUACACAAUGGAGGAUCGUGUCCUGUUGGUAACUCACGCGGUGAGCAAGUCGGAGGCGGCGAAACUGGCAGAGGAAAGCUCCUCGCGUCGUUCGGCUAAGAAGGAGGACAAACGCCGUCUCUUUCUCCUGAACGAGGGCACGAUCCCUCCCAACUCUGAACUUUACAAAUUGCUUUCGCCGUCAGAGAUCAAAAUGCGCGCUGACAGUCUCAAGCAGCGGCAAACCCUCAUCAAGAACAACCCUUCGCUCCAUAUGAGCCUAACGCGGCUUUCAGUCCGCAAUAUCCCGCGACAAAUAUCCUCCAAGGACUUGAAGGCCCUCGCCCGACAGGCCGUCGUGGGAUUUGCCAGAGAUGUCAAGGAGGGUCUCCGUCAGCCACUGUCUCCGGAGGAGAUGAGGCGCGGGAUCGAGGAAACCAGAGAGGCCGACAAGCAGCGGAGGCGGAAAGGCAAGGGCAUAGUGAAACAGGCAAAGAUCGUGUUCGAGGAUCGAAGCGGCAGCAAGAUCUCCGAGAAGAGCGGAGUGGGACGAAGCAGAGGCUAUGGAUUCAUUGAGUACUACACUCACCGCCAUGCUCUCAUGGGACUGCGGUGGCUCAAUGGUCAUCUGGUGGAGGCGCGUUCCAAAGACGGGACGACGGAGAAGAAGAAGCGUCUCAUUGUGGAGUUUGCCAUUGAAAACGCGCAGGUUGUCAAGCGCCGAAAAGAAUUCCAGGAGAGGAUGCGCAACCUGAGCAAGGCUCAGAUGCAGAACAAGAAGUCGGAUAACGAAGAAGCCAAAGACAAAGAAGAGACCGCAUCCUCUGGACAACAGGCGAAGAGAGGGACCAAGCGGAAGAGAGCGGCCAGUAGCGACGGAGGGAAAGCAAACAAGAAGAAGGACAAUAAAGACAAGGGUGAGCUUAGUCAAGAGGAGAAGAACAAACUGGCCAAGAGAAACCGGAUCAUUGCGAAGAAGCGCAUGCAGAGAAAGAUGCGGAAGAAGGGCAAAGCUUGA